AUGAUGUCUAUUUAUAUGAUACUUAUUUUAAUUUUGAAACUUUGUUUGGGACAAGACUAUCCACUACCAUCGUACAAAGUUUCUCAAGAAAAUGAUUACUCGCGUACAACAAAAUCACAAAAUGAUAAAUCAUUCAAUAAUUUAUAUGAUUGGAAAAAUAAUUAUGAUAAUAACAUAAUUAUCCCUGAUGCAAAUUAUUUUGUGGUUGCAAGUCGAAUGGUUAGACCAGGUCAAGUGUUCAAAGUAUCAGUCACUGUUUAUAAAGCCAAACAACCAAUUUCUGUUAGAGCUUCAAUUCAAAGAAAUGGAGUUGAAUUAGCUUCUGAUUUAAGUGUAAUCAAAGAAGGAAUUCAAGAAACAUUAUUAUUAUUGGUUCCAGCUACAAGCGUUACUGGUGAUUAUAAACUAAGAGUAGAGGGCUUAUACGAUGGCAUCAUUGGUGGAUAUGCAUUUAAUAAUGAAACUCGACUAAAUUUUUCACAACGAUCUAUGACAAUAUUUAUUCAAACUGAUAAACCAAUAUAUAAACAAUCUGAUAUUGUUUAUUUCCGAGCAAUUCCAAUUAAUACAGAAUUAAAAGCUUUUGACAAUCCUGUUGAUGUAUACAUCUUAGAUCCAAAUCGCUAUAUUAUGAGGCGUUGGCUUUCAAGACAAUCUAAUUUUGGAUGUGUAAGUUUAAAUUAUGAAAUGUCUGAUCAGCCUGUAUUUGGAGAAUGGACCAUUCAGGUAGUAGCUCAGGGGCAGAUUGAAGAAGCUACAUUUUUAGUAGAAGAAUAUUAUCAAACUCGUUUUGAGGUCAAUGUUACAAUGGCUGCUUAUUUUCUUGAUUCGGAUAAAUAUUUGAGUGGCUAUGUAAUGGCAAAUUACACUAGUGGUGGACCUGUUAGAGGAAAUCUAACUUUAAAAGCAACCAUACGACCACUCAAAAAUGGGUUUAAAAAUUAUGAUGGUCCUGUAAUUGAAAAAUAUUUGAGUUUUGACGAAGCACAUCCUUCUUGGUAUCCUAAACAAUCUGAAUAUUCAAGAAUAAAUCAAAUACCACAUUUACAAUGGUUUUAUGGUGUUUAUAAGUUCAGAUAUCCUUUAAGUGAGUUGCAACAAUUAGUUUCUACCUUAGAAGAGACUGAGGUAACUAUAACAGCCACAGUUGGAGAAAGAUACUUAAAUGAAAUUAUAGAAGGUUAUUCAACUGCAAGAUUUUUUAAUUCUUCGGUUAGAGUUGCAUUUUUGGGUGGUUCGCCACAAGUUUUUAAACCUGCCAUGCCAUUUUCGAUUUAUAUUACAGUUUCUCAUCAUGAUGGAUCGCCAUUAGAUAGAUACAGGUUGUUGCUUGGUCGUUUAGAUAUGUCUGCUGAAGUUGUAAUGAAAUCUGGCGGACGAAGAACUAUUGAUACUAGAGCACUAAAAAUGUCAACAGAUCAUGAAGGAGUAUUUGAAAUGAAAUUAUAUUUACGUACAGAAUUAGGUCUUGAAAAUGAUAAACGUGCUUCAGAAGUAUUAAAAGAUAUUGAAUCAAUGAAAAUAUAUGGAUCAUUUAAAGACAUGUAUGGUGAAAGAUCAACUGCAGAAUUACUUUUACUUACUCAUUAUUCACCUAGCCAACAUCACCUUAAAGUUUGGACUUCAACUAAAGACGCCAAGGUUGGGCAGUUUAUAGUGUUCCAUGUACAAAGCAAUUACUAUUUGGAAUCAUUUGAUUAUAUCAUGCUAUCAAAAGGUUUGAUAUUAUUAACUGGACAAGAAGUUACUCACGCUUCCACAAUCCGAACAUUUGCUGUUACUUUAUCAGCUGAAAUGGCACCAGCUGCUACUAUUCUUGUGUAUCAUGUUGGUAAAUUUGGAGAUGUAGUUGCGGAUAGUUUAACUUUCCCUGUUAAUGGAAUAUCAAGAAAUAAUUUCACUGUUUUUAUUAAUGAUCAUAAAAGCAGAAGUGGAAAAAAGGUUGAAGUAGCAAUAUAUGGUGAACCAGGAGCUUAUGUUGGAUUAUCUAGUUUGGAUUAUCCAUUCUAUGGACUACAAGCAGGAAAUGAAUUAACAUAUGCAAAAAUUUUGACUAAAAUGGAAAGGUUUGAUGAGGAUACAAAUGGUACAAUUAUGCACACAUGGCUUUCUCAUGAAGGUUCUCCUGAUGAAAUAGUUUAUUUUCCAUCAUCUACUUUCGGAAUAGAUGCUAACCGAACAUUUGAAUUUGCUGGUGUAGUUGUAUUUACUGAUGUUAUUCUACCACGACGAAUGACUUUAUGUAACAUAACUCUAGGAUAUGCUGAAUGUCUUAGUGGACGAUGUUACUUGGCUAAUAGAAAAUGCGAUGGACAUAUUGAUUGCGAUGAUGGCACAGAUGAAGCUCUAUGUCCAUUGUACAAUCGUACAGAAUUCAAUAAUUUUCGAAAAUUUCGUUACAAUCAUUUACAAAGACAUUAUGAUAAUGUAUGGAUGUGGCGAGAUAUUAAUAUUGGACCUCAUGGACGAUUCAUAUUUGAUUUAGAUGUUCCUUAUCGACCUGCAAAUUGGAUGAUAACUGCAUUCAGUUUAAGUCCUACAAAAGGGUUUGGCAUGAUUAAAAAGCCCAUUGAAUAUGUUGGAGUAUUACCAUUUUUUAUGAAUGUUGAAAUGCCUACACAUUGUAAAGAAGGUGAACAAAUUGGAAUUCGUGUCACUGUUUUUAACAACCAGUGCAAUAGUGUUGAAGCUGUAGUUACUUUAUUGGGUUCAGAAUCGUAUAAAUUUGUUCAUGUUGAAGAAGAUGGAAUAGUAAACUCAUACAAUCCUAGAACAUCUCACGGCAAUCAACAAAUUUUUGUGUAUAUUAAAGCACAAGAUGCAGAAACUGUUUACCUACCUGUAGUACCUACAAAACUUGGUGAUAUUACCAUAAAUAUUGAGGCUACUUCACUAAUAGCUAGUGAUCGAGUGACUAGAAAUUUACAUGUUGACUCCGACGGAGUACCUCAGUAUAGACAUCAGUCAAUGAUCUUGGAUCUUAGUAACAGAGCUUAUGUUUUCCAAUAUUUGCAUGUAAAUGUAACUGAAACCCCAAUUAUUCCAUACAGUAUAGAUCGUUACUAUGUAUAUGGGUCAAACAAAGCUCAUCUUUCAUUAGUUGGAGAUGUCGUUGGACCAAUUUUCCCUACAAUGCCUGUUAAUGCAACAUCUUUGCUUAAUUUACCCAUGGAUGCUGCUGAACAAACAAUGUUUAGUUUUGCAGCUAAUUUAUAUACAACAAUAUAUAUGAGAUUUUCAAAUCAACGAGAUAGAACACUGGAGAAGCAAUCAUUCUACCAUUUAAAUAUUGGAUAUCAGCGUAUGUUAUCGUUUAUGAACAAAGAUGGUUCAUUUAGUCUUUUCAGGAGUGAUUGGAAUAUGUCUUAUCCAAGUGUAUGGUUGACUUCAUAUUGUGCUAGAGUAUUCCAGGAAGCAAACUUUUAUGAGUGGGAAAAUUUCAUAUUUAUUGAUCCACAGGUAAUUUCAAAAGCUUUAAUGUGGGUGCUGAAACAUCAAACUGAAGAAGGUUCAUUUUAUGAUGUGACAUGGUUUCCUGACCGUAAAGUUAAUAGUACAAUGCACAGAUCAAUUUUGUUUGGAACAAAUAGGCAACAGAGAUUUACAAAUAUAUCAUUAACUGCACAAGUUCUCAUAACACUAACAACUGCAAAAGAUCUGUCAGGGGGUCUUGGUUCUAAAUUGGCUCAAGGUGAAAGUCGUGCUGUAAAGUAUUUAGAAAAAAAUAUGAAUUUAUUAAAUAUGACCGGUGAACCGUAUGAAAUUGCACUCGUUACUUAUGCAUUAAUGUUGACCAAGUCAUCAUUUGCUGAAUAUGCAUUCACUCUAUUAUCUAAACAUGCUAGGAGAGAGGGUGGAUUGAUGUAUUGGGGUAAAGAAUUUGUACCAUCACCGCCAACAAAAAUGGAAAAUCAGAAACCAUUUUUAUUACCACGUCUGCCUUAUAAAUUUGACUCGAUUAAUAUAGAAACAACAGCAUACGCUUUACUUGUUUAUGUUGCAAGAAAAGAACCUUAUAUUGAUGAUGUUGUUAAGUGGUUGAAUUCUCAAAGACUUACUGAUGGUGGUUGGGCCUCCACACAAGAUACGGCUAUUGCCAUGAAAGCUCUAAUUGAAUAUACAAAUAGAAACAGACUUCGAGAUGUAUUUACAUUGACUGUUACGGUUGAAGCUACAGCUCUUUCAGGAAAAACAAAAAUAUUGAAAGUUAACAGUGAAAAUAUUGCUCAAUUACAAAAAAUAGAGAUUCCACAAGCUUGGGGAACUGUCAAAGUGCAAGCUAAAGGUUCAGGUUAUGCAAUUUUACAAAUGUCCGUCCAGUAUAAUGUUGAUGUGGCGAAAUUCCAAACAACACCACCUGAACAAGCCUUUGGAAUAAUAACACGUGCAGAUUUUCAUGGUCGCAAUCAAUCUCAUAUUACAUAUCGUAGCUGUCAAAAAUGGACUUACAUCGAUGAGUCUCCCAGAUCUGGUCUGGCUGUUUUGGAUGUUGCUAUUCCAACCGGAUAUAUAGUGCAACAACAAAAUUUAGACGCUUAUGUAUUGCAAAGAACUGUUCCAAAUUUACAAAGAGCUCGAUUUUUCCCCGGAAAGCUGUUGUUUUACUUUGAUUAUUUGGACGAGUCAGAAACUUGUGUUAAAUUUACUGUUGAAAGAUGGUAUCCUGUUGCAAAUAUGUCACGUUAUCUUCCUGUUCGAGUAUAUGAUUAUUAUGCUCCUGAACGAUUCAACGAAACAAUAUUUGACGCUUUACCAACAUAUUUGUUGAAUAUUUGUGAAGUAUGCGGUAGUAGUCAAUGUCCCUAUUGCCCAAUUUUCAAUAACGCUGUUCAAUUGUCUAUUCCGAUAAAAUAUAUCGCUAUUGCUACUAUUAUUGUAAUUAAUAUUUACAACAAUUUAAUUACAUAA